AUGGCUAAACUUGAUUUGAUGUCUAUUACUAAUACUAGGCUGCGAAAUGAAAUAGAAAGAGUUGGUUUGUUUUCAAUUGAAAAGAUUUUGCUGAUGGGAAAUCAAGAAUUAAUGGAAAUUGGAAACUUUUCAGAUAAUGACAUAAAUAUUAUAAAAAAUAUUGCUUCCAAAAGUAUUCUUCCCGAAGGUUUUAAAAAUGCUCUUUCUUCAGAAAAUCAGCUAAAAAAGAAAUGGAAACACAUCACUUUGGAUUGUCCAUCAAUAGAUCAAAUUUUAGGAGGUGGACUUCCUUGUCGAGGUAUAACUGAACUAUCAGGAGAAAGUGCAGCAGGCAAAACUCAAUUUUGUUUACAAUACUCCAUCACAGUACAAUAUCCACCUCAAUACGGAGGAUUAGGCCGUAGUGCAGUGUACAUCUGCACCGAGGACAAGUUUCCAUCCUCUCGCUUACAUCAACUAUUGAGUAGUUUCCCUCGGGAUGAAGCUGCCAAAAGUUCUGUUGGAACUUAUCAAUUCAGUGACAACAUUUAUGUUGACCAUAUUGCGAAUACUGAUGCCUUGAAACAGUGCCUGUAUCAUAGAUUACCACAAAUGCUUAAGAGAAUCCGAGUGGGGAUUAUAAUUAUUGAUUCAAUAGCUGCAGUGUUUAGAGGAGAUUACAGUGUAAAUGAAUCCAUUGUUCGGGCAAAAGAUCUUAGAGACAUAGGAUUGCAGUUACAUAAAUUAUCAAGAUAUUUUGGUACAGCCAUUUUAUGUGUCAAUCAGGUUACAGAUGCUGUAGACACUGGAAAGACAUUACCUUGCCUAGGAUUAGUAUGGGCAAAUCUAGUAACUACUAAACUUCAAGUCAGGUUGUCGCCGUGUAGAGAACGAACUUUCCACCUACUUAGUUCUCCUAAUUUAUGUCCAGCUUCUAUACCUUACAGAAUAGAAGCAUCUGGAAUAGUUACGUAA